AUGGAGUCGAACAACUCCUCUUCGGUGGAAAGUGGCGGCGACUUACCACCAGAGAGUUACUUCGACGUCAGUUACGACUCUUGUUUAAUCAGUCUUAGCGUCCUCAUCAUCGCCAUCAACCUGUUAGUGCUUGUGUUGUUCGUCAGAAGAAGACCUCUACGGACGAAAACGAACUUACUGCUGGUAAGUUUAAGCGUUUCUGAUCUAAUGAUGGGUCUUCUUGGGAUCCCAAUGAACACCGCUUGCAAUGCACUGGUCGGCUAUAAGAAUUUCUCAGGACUGUGCAUAACAUCAGCAGCUGUUUACAGGUUUAUUGCUGUAUCCACUAUAUUUCAUAUCCUUAUAAUUACCGGCGAAAGGUACGUUUCUGUGAUCUAUCCGUUUAGAUACAUGACUAUUGUGACCAAAAGAAGAACAGUUACCCUCAUAACCUCCGUGUGGUUCUUUUCCCUGUUCAUGGCGCUGAUACAACUUGCGUGGCAAGAACUAGACAACUUCACGUCUCGAAAUCCUACCAAACUUCGUUGGGGUCUGAUCUACAACAUGAUUGGAAUCGUUGUCUGUUUGUUGAUACCUUUAGCGCUCAUGUUGUUUUUUUACAUCCGAAUGUUUAAUGUGAUUCAUCAUCAAGCAAAACAAAUUAGGAAGCUGGAAACUUUUCAUGAGUUUCGCAGCCGAGGCAAACAUUUAGUAGCUGAAAAGCGAGCCAUAUCUAUCUUCGCUCUGAUGUUGGGAAUAUUUACGUGCUGCUGGUCCACUUGGUACAUAAGCCUGCUACAAGACUACCUCGGCACAGAUGUGUUCUACGCCAUACCGCCAGUAUGGCUGCUGGUCUUUGACUUUUUGCGAUUCUCUACUUCACUAGUUAAUCCGAUGUUGUAUACGUUCCUGAAACAAGAUUUUCGUCGUGAGUUGUGUUUGAUGAUUCCGUGUUUCAAGAAGAAGAGGAAGAAGAACGAGCGGUGUGAUCAAAGUACAAUAAUGGAAUCGCUAGUGUAA